AUGCUCUUUCUUCUGCCACCAGAGGUGCGCCACAUGAUUUACUCGCUGGUCUUCGAAUGCCCUACUCGGUCUCUUGACUCAGUUGUUGCCGGUCUGUUUCUUUCUGGCAAGCAGAUCAAGUGUGAGAUGGAGGAUGAGCUUGAGCAUCGAGUACAGGCUGCAGCACUGAAGGUUCCCGGGAAAAUGAUCGUACUGGGAAGUUCGCCUCCAGCCAUCCAUCUCAACAGCUUCGUGACACUAUCUCGUGUCGAGUUAAAUAUCCCUCGCCAAAUCCUCAAACCUUUUCGAGGGCAGAGGUCACAAUUGGAACACCUCGGACCAGUUUUCGCUUCGUAUCUGCGACAACUCAUUCUCUACAUCAGCGAAGAUGAGAAGAGCCAUGGCCCAGUGACGCAGUAUCGCGUGCAAACAGGCAUGUACAGAACUCGUACCACACGCGAUCUGGUUGGGCCCUUCGCUGUACGAUUGACUUGCCUGAUAUGCCCCGAUAUAUGCUCCCACGAUGAUCACAACCCGGAGACACGGGAGCUCUGCCUCGCUCCCGGCCAGAACUCAAACCCAGGACCAUGGGUGGUCAACGUGAUGUCUGUAGCGCUCCAUAUCAGAGGCUUGGACGACUGGCGCCCACUCUUUCGCGGCGCCCCGGGAUCGAACUUGGAUGUUUCUCCUACACAAGACAGAGCACCCCUCUCUCUUCGUGGUUGGGAACUGUGCGGCGAAGAAAAUGGUAGCGAGUUCCUUGAUUCGGAGGCGCCGGAUGCCAUAAUCUGGAAGCUGACUUGA